AUGGGCAGUAAUAUAGAGGAGUCGUCAGACUACCGGGUAUUAGAAGAACACAUCAGGAAAAUAAAUGAUGACAAAAACAGAUUUGUCCCAAUAGAAGAAAGGCGAGACACUGGGAUAUUAGGAUCCCACUUUUUGGUGUCCAUAUCUCGUGGAAAAUACAUGACCUGUUGGCGUGGCGUGUCAAUGCUGAAAGAUCCCUUAACUCUUGUAAAAAACCAGAAGUUGCUAUGGGAACUCAAACCUCGAACUGUAAUUGAGUUUGGCGCCUACAAAGGAGGCACUGCUUUGUGGACAGCAGAUGUGUUAAAAAUGUUUGGGUGCAAGUCGCGUGUGAUAUCCAUCGACAUUGAUCUUUCUAUGGUGGACGCUGUGGCAAGAGAGUCGCCGGAUGUGGAGUUCCUUGAUGGAGACUUGUCCCAGGUCGAAAAAUGUUUUCCAGGAGACUUCUUGAAGAAUUUACCUCACCCGUGGUUCUUAAUGGAGGAUGCUCACGUGAAUAUGACCAAAGUAUUGGAGUAUUUUGACUCAUUCCUGGAGCCUGGUGACUACAUAUGUGUCGAGGACACAAAUCCAUUGGGUCCUUCGAUAUCUGGUCAAGGUCUUAUAAAGGAACUUGGUUUCACAGAGUUCGGUCCUGCUAAGCUGAACGAGCUGAGGAAAUUCUUGAAGGGUCGUUCGGACAGAUAUCAUGUGGAUCAAAGAUACACCGACUUUUUCGGGUACAAUGCAACGUGGAAUACGAAUGGUUACUUGAAAAGAAUCUAG